CAAUAAUUCCUGCAGCGUCUAGAUCCAUCCUGCUGUGGCACCGAGGUUGCUUCUCCCAGUCGGUUCCCGCCAGUGCAUGAGCCCUCCAAUCGCCUCGAUCGCCAUUGUCCCGGCUGCUGCUUGUCGCCCGAUCCGGAGCUGCUUCCCGUGCCCCAUUCGGACGCCCUUGCCUCGUCCUGCCUGCCAGCCUGCCAGCCUGCCUGUCUCCCCGUCUCCCUGCCUCCCUGCCUGUGAUUGCCGCCAUGCCGACCUCCAACACCUCUUCCCCCGUUAAGCGCCCGGGGCUGGGCCGCCGUGCGGUCUCCUCACACGCGGUCGUCACGCGCACCACCUCCUCAUCCACCCAAGGCGAUCUGGCUCACUCCCACUCCUCCAGCACCACCCAGAAAGCCGCCCACCGGCCGCAUCGUCCCCAUCUCGUUGGUGGCGGUCGCAACCAUCACCGCAACCCGUCCUUCGGCAAGAACCUGAACAAAUUACAGCGGCAUCAGUCCAGCCAGCAGAUCGUGACCGUUGCGGAGGGUUCCGCUCGCCUGCAUCAGCGCAAGAAAUCCGCCCCCGCGACGCCCGCUGCAAGCCCGCGUGGGCAUCACGUCCGCUGGGAUGGGCUGUUGGAUGAACCCCAGAAAAGCACCGGUUCAAUGAAAAAGAAUUACUCCAGUCCGGCUCUCCGACGGAAUCCUUCGGGCGUCCUGGGGAAGAAAGCGCUAGUCACCGACCGCCCUCACACCAGUUCGGGGAAGAAGAAAACUGUGGGAUUUGAAUUGGCGGAUUCGGACAACGACGACGCUGACUGGGAAGAUACCACUCAGUCACCUGAAAGCACUCGCCGUAGCUCAGUCGCUCAGUCAAAAGACAGUGUUGAGAACCCUGCCGUCCUGGUAGACCCCCUUACGUUCGUCAAACGCUCUUACCCGCAGUUCGCCCGCGCGACCAGCCUCCCAGAGUCGACCAUCAGAAGUUUCGGUGACGACCAUCUUUCUGACGACGACGACGACGACGAACACGAACACGAUCCACAACAGCCUUCCUAUACCGAGGAGAGACACGACGGGUCCGGUCGUGCCGCCGAACACGCCGAUAUUGCAGCUCGUUUGUUGAGUCUGUCCCAUUCCGCCAAAGCCCCGCCUGCCAUGUCUUCCAUAUCGGCCACAGUGAAGCCCACUGUGGUGGAUUCCCUUUCUCGCAACGCCUCCCUAACCAAUCUGGCUUCCGGUCAUGAUGGUGCACGGCGCCCUCUUUCCUCGUCACAAACCACGCUUUCGAACACUCCUGGAAACCUGACACAUGCCACAUCCUCUUCUAUCGAGGGAGGCGUCUCUAAGUUUAUCAUUAAUAAUAACAAAGCUGGGGCCCAUGCCUUCGAUUCAGAUCCGAACACUCCGUCGUCUUUCCUACCACACUAUCACCCUCAGACGCCGCCAUCACCUAAUCGCGGCACCACUUCAAGGAAGGCACGAGCCUCUCCCCCUUCCAGACCUCCAGGCACCCAGCCCCAUUCUCGCACCCAGCAGAAGCUCUGGUUGCAGCGCACCGCGGCACUGAAUACUUCGCCGCCCGAUGGGCAUGGCGGGCCAGCGGCGGUGUCUCCAGCUACGAUCGACCCCUCCUUCAUUGCUACAACCCACGCACGACCGGGCGUGGGGCCGUUUGAGACCGGCAGGACGCUUGUAAACGGAUCUACCAGGGCCAGUGGAACGGUGCAUGACAACGAAUCCAAACAUGUCCGGAAAGCGUACGAGAAAACGGCUCUGGAACUGACGGUCGUACGAAGGUUUCAGACCCCCAGCCGCGACAGCUUCAACCGUUUGAACAUCAUUCUCAACAACACCAAAGGCGAUGGCUCUGGCCCAGGGCGACACACAUCACUCAGUAAGCCAAUUCAAUCGGCUCCGGCGCUGACACACCUGCAAGACGGAAAGCAGCAAGAGAGUAGUGCCAGCCCGGAGCCUCGACAACUGAUCGGCAGAAGGCAACCAGAAAUGCACACAUCGGCCUCCCAGAACUACCUCCAAGACCCGGAUGACCUUGUGAACGAGUCCGCCGAUGGAGGCCCGGGACCCAAAUCUCAACACCCAUCGCAUCGCAUCCUCUCCACAUCCGACGAACCCGCCCAGGGCAAUUCCUCUCCCGAGGAAAUUCCAGAAGACCCUCUCCUCCCCAAUGAAACGGAGAUGAUGAUCCGUCGCAUCUGGGAUAGCCGCGAAGUGGCCAUCGCCGGCUAAUUGUACAGCACCGCCAUCAUCCUCCUACCCUACGUCACCAGAUCUAUUCCUCGUUUAAUCACUUCUGUUCAUUUUCACUCUUGGUCUUUGCUGUUAGCAACCAUGGUGUUCAGGACUGCAUGCAUGCUGUAGCGUACAGUGUUGUUUUGGAGUUUAUUAUCCCAUGCGCGAGUUCGCGCCGUAACGAAAUAUUACCCUGGGCUGGUUUUUCUUCUUUUCUUCGGAAUUGAUCGUUUCUCUUUCUCCCUUUCUUCCUCCUCGUGGCAGAUUGAUGAGUCUCGUCCUGCCUUACUUUAGCCUUCGUCUGUGUGUCCGGUUUCUUUUCUCCGGGACUACGAGUGACUAUAGAUAUCUUUAUCUAAUAAUGUAAUUAAUGCAUUGUGCGAAUCUUGUUGAAUGUGCAAUACGCUACUGUUUAGUAGGGGACCUGGUAGA